ACUCACCGAGCCAGUUAAUUCGGAUUCUCGCUGGAUAGGCCCGUUAAAAGUGUAAAGCUUUUCUUGUUGAAAGAAUUUCCAUUCUUAGGACUUGAACUCGAGACAUCUAGUUAGAGUGAAAUAAUAUCAACCAUCUCACUCACACCUUGGAUAAAUAUAGAUAUCGCAAUUUUGUAUCAUAGACACUCAUAAUACUAUUUAUAAAAUAGCAACUUGUUUUCAGAGAGAGAAACCACAGCCCAAAUCAAUCCCACCAUUGUUUUCCUCUGUCUUUCGUUUCUUUUUCUUUCCAAGAAAUGGAUUUAAGGAAACUUGUUGGCUUGCUUCUAUUAGUUUUCAUAUCCCUUCUGGAGAUGCUUUUCAAGAAAAUUGCAGUUUCGGUGUUAAGUUUCGUGGGGUUUUCUGAUUCUCAACAAACACCAUCGAAUAGCAGGGAAUUACAGAGGGUUGUUUCUUCACCAAGAAUCAGACUAAAGGAUGGAAGAUGCCUGGCAUACAGAGAAAGAGGAGUCCCAAUGGACAAAUCCCUUUACAGAAUCAUCCUUGUCCAUGGGAUUAACAGCUCCAAAGAUAAGGAUUUUCUUGCAACCCAAGAAAUCCUAGAGGAGAUGAGGAUAUAUAUGCUACAGUUUGAUAGAGCUGGAUAUGGGGAAAGUGAUAUAAAUCCUAAACGGUCAUUAGAAAGUGAAGCUUGUGAUAUAGAAGAAGUAGCCGAUCAACUACAAAUAGGAUCAAAAUUCUAUCUAAUUUCAGUUUCUGCUGGAAGCUAUCCUGCCUGGAAUUGCCUCAGACGCAUACCACACAGGCUAUCAGGCGUGGCUUUUGUUGUUCCUAUAAUCAACUACAAAUGGAACUCCCUUCCUCAUGAUUUGAUCAAGAACGAUCAUAAUAACAAGCUUUGGCGAUUAGUAAUUUGGCUCGCCCGCUAUGCUCCUGGGUUACUCUACUCAUUUUUUACACAGAAAUCGAACAGUGUUUUCUCGGGCAAUUCUGCAUUGUUAAGCAAAAAGGACAGGGAAGUUGCAAACAGAUCGGAAGUUUUUGACCCGAAAGUUUAUCCGAAGCAAAGCGAUUUUGAGUCUCUUCUCCAAGACUUUACCUUGGCUUAUGGAAAGUGGGAUUUUGAUCCACUAGAAUUUGGUAAUCCAUUUCCUGAUGAAAAUGAAAGCUCAGUUCAUAUUUGGCAAGGUUAUGAGGACAACAUAGUACCUUGUCGCUUACAAAGAUAUGUUUCCAAAAGGCUACCUUGGAUUCAUUAUCAUGAAGUUAUUGAUGGCGGACAUGCCUUGUGGCAUGUUGGUCUAAUUGGUGAAGCUAUCUUGAGGUCCCUUCUGCUUCGUACGUGAACAAGAGACAACGCCACAGAGUGCUUCAAUGUAAUCAAGAAUAUUAUUAGGCCUAAUAUCAUUUAAUGAAAUUAAAUUGCAAGGAUCUUUUAUUUUUUGAUGUGGGUAUUUCACUUUUCAGCUUGUUUUCCAA